AUGUCGUUGCUAGUUCGCGAUUGUUGGAGCGAAGAACCUGAACAGAGACCAUCCUCUGAUCAGAUUAGAUCACUCAUCAAAGGAUUCAAUAAUAACAAGUCUUCGAAUUUAAUGGAUCAUGUGUUCAAUGUUCUGGAGCAAUAUGCCUCUAAUCUGGAGGAAGAGGUCCAGUCAAGAAUGAAAGAGCUGACGGAAGAGAAGAAGAAGAGUGAUAUCUUGCUUUAUAGGAUGCUUCCAAAGCAAGUCGCAGAAAAGCUGAAACUUGGUCAAUCUGUUGAACCAGAGACAUUUGACUGCGUAACCCUAUUCUUCUCUGAUGUGGUAUCCUUCACUACACUGGCUAGCAGAUGCACUCCUCUACAGGUUGUAAAUCUCUUAAAUGACUUGUACACCGUCUUCGAUGCGAUUAUUGAUGAGCAUGAUGUCUACAAGGACUUGAACAAAAAAUUUUGGGUUGAAACGAUCGGGGAUGGUUACCUCUGCGUCUCUGGUCUCCCUCAUCGGAAUGGCGACGAACAUGCGAAAGAAAUCGCUGAGAUGUCUUUCAGUCUUCUUCGUGCUAUCCGCACAUUCCGGGUACCUCACUUGCCAGAUGAGAAGAUAAACAUCCGUGUUGGAAUGCACACAGGAUCCGUUGUAACUGGUGUGGUUGGUGUAACUAUGCCAAGGUACUGUUUGUUUGGUGAUACCGUGAACACCGCCAGUCGAAUGGAAAGCAAUGGAAAACCAGGUCGUGUGCACAUCUCUGCUGAUACUAUGAGAUUCCUGACUGAAAAAAUCGGUGGUUACAAAACUGAGUUGAGAGGAGAGGUUAUUGUCAAGGGCAAAGGUGCUCUGGAGACUCACUGGCUACUAACACCAGAGGAGCAAGAAAAUGGACUCGUGGAGUAG